AUGGGAAUGGAGAGGCAACUAACCAUUGCCUACUCUCCUCAGCAAAAUGGAGUUGCUAAGAGAAGAAAUAGAACAAUUGGAGAAAUGGCAAGAUCCAUGAUGAUUGAGAAAGGUAUCCCUGUGAUUUUUUGGGCAGAAGUUGUAAGUACAGCUGUGUAUCUCCAAACAGCACCUUUGAGGCAGAAAUUUGAUGACAAGGCUAGACAGGGAGUGUUUAUGGGGUAUGGAAGCUGUGAAAAUGGUUAUAGGGUGUAUGACCUGCAAUCUAAGAAGAUUGUACUCUCAAGGAGUGUAAUUUUCAAAGGUGAAAACAAUGAAGAACAACCUGAUGCACCUCAGUUUGAUAAUGGUGGAAGUUCUCAUCUAAACUCCACAACUGGUGAGUUAGUUGAGAAUGCUAGAGAAAAACAAUACUGGGAAUUGGUUGAGAGACCAACAGAUCAACCUGUUAUAGGUGUGAAGUGGGUGUUUAAAACCAAGCUUAAUCUGGAUGGAACAGUUCAAAAACAUAAGGCCAGACUUGUAGCAAAAGGGUAUGCACAGAAACCUGGAGUUGACUACAAUGAAACCUUUGCACCAGUUGCAAGGUUAGACCCAAUUCAAACUCUCAUUGCUCUUGCAGCACAAAAGGGAUGGAAGUUGUUUCAGUUAGAUGUCAAGUCAGCAUUCCUAAAUGGCGUGCUUGAUGAGGAAGUAUAUGUAGAACAGCUUGAGGCUCCUAGAGCCUGGUACAGUGAGAUUGAUGCAUACUUAUCUAUGUGCAAGUUCAAAAGAAGCAUCAGUGAAGCUACUUUGUACACUAGAUCUGAUAAUGAAGGAGGUUUGAUCAUUGUCUCAAUCUAUGUUGAUGACAUUGUUUAUACUGGAAACAGUGAGAGGAUGCUUACUGAGUUUAGAAGGGAGAUGAUGCAGAGAUAUGAAAUGUCAGAUCUUGGACUCCUUCAUCACUUCUUGGGCAUGGGAAUACUUCAAACUGAUCAAGGGGUUUUCAUUCAUCAAAGCAAGUAUGCCAAAUCCUUGCUUCUGAAGUUUAGGCUUGAAGACUGCAAACCAGUAUCCAUUCCAUUGCCUACUGGUGAGAGACUCAAGAAAGUGGAUGGGAGUGACUUAGCUGAUGAAGGACUUUACAGGAAAAUACAUAUGGGAGUUGCAAGAAGGGUUCUAAGAUAUGUGCAAGGAACUCUCAACUAUGGCAUUGAGUAUGUGAAGGAUAAGUUUGCAAUUCUCAUUGGAUUCUGUGAUGCAGAUUGGGCAGGCAGUGAGGAUGAUAGCAGGAGCACUUCUGGCUAUGCAUUUAGUUUUGGAAGUGGAGCAUUCUCUUGGGCCUCUGUGAAACAAAAUACAAUGGCACUAUCAACAGCUGAAGCUGAGUAUGUCUCAGCAGCUGAGGCAACAACACAGACUAUUUGGUUAAGGUUUGUUCUUGAUGAUUUUGGUGAAAUGCAAACUGAGGCAACACCUCUGUUCUGUGACAAUAUGUCAGCAAUUUCUAUGGCUAAGAAUCCAGUUUUUCAUCAAAGGACUAGACACAUAAACAGGAGGUAUCAUUUCAUAAGGGAGGCUCUACAAGAAGGGUGA